UUGAAGGUCUGUCCCCUUUGCUAUGCGGACUUGGUAGAUCCAGACGAAGAAGUCCCACUAGCAGAAGUGGAACCCGAGUUGCCUCAGGAUAGAGAAAGGGCACGAGAAAGAAACGCGGAACUGAGAGAGCUGCGUGCGAUGGAAGGUGCGAGAGAUAUGUGGCCGCUGAUGGAACAGAUGUCGUCACUUUCACCGUUUUGCGCUGCACGAUUAGUGCGAGCAAAUACGCUGAUAUUAGCUGCAUGCCGCACCGUUACUGGAUGUCCAUCUCGACCAGCAGCGGCAAGUCGCAGACAAAGUAACCUAAAGAAGAGAAUGGAGGAACUGAAACAUAUUCAAGAUUUCCCAUCGGUCUACCCUGAUUUUGUACAAUCUCCUGUGUGGAAUCGUCGCAAUCCAUUGAAAGAGGAGCUUGAGUACCAAGAUAUGCUUGAGCGGCGUAUGCAUCUGGAUAUACCUGAAUUUUACGUUGGUUCAAUUGUUGCUGUCACGACAUCUGAGAGAUAUAUGGGUAGCAAGGAACAUCGAUUUGUGGGCAUCUGCAUUAGAAGAGAAAAACAGGGCCUACAUCAUCAGUUCACGCUUAGGAAUGUGUUGGAUGGUGUAGGUCAGUGA